GGCAGGGCAGGGCAGGGCAGGCCGGGUUGAGGGUUGAGGGUGAGACGGGCCGGCGGGCGGGCCUGGAUAUCAACGCCUGCCUCCCUGGCUGCUGACAGCGGGCUGUGUCCGCCCCGACUCCUGCCUCCCUGGCUGCUGACAGCGGGCUGUGGCCGCCCCGACUCCUGCCUCCCUGGCUGCUGACAGCGGGCUGUGUCCGCCCCGACUUGCCUUGGUGCAACCGCCCAGCUGUGGCCGCCUACUCCCGAUGCCAUGGCGAUCAGCCAGCUCCGGUCGCUGAGAGUGUGCACCUGCUUCGCCUGGCUGCUCUCCCUCUUCAGGCGGCUCAUCUGCAGGUCUGGAAGGGGUAGGAAAUUGAGUGGAGAUCAGAUAACCUUGCCGACAACGGUUGAUUAUUCAUCUGUUCCUAAACAGCCUGAGGUAGAAGAAUGGAGUUCAUGGGAUGAAGAUGGUCCAACCAGUAUUAAGAUUGAAGGCGGUAAUGGGAAUCCGACAACACAACAGAAUGGCACUGGAGAGCCUGAAGAACCUGAUUACUUUAAGGAUAUGACACCAAACAUACGAAAACCUCAAAAAAUUAUUAUUAAGAAGAAAGAACCUUUACAUUUUGGAAUGCCAGAUGGCACCUCGGGGUUUUCUACCAGACUGGCAGCUUCACAAGAUAUCCCAUUCAGCCAGCCAUCACCUGAACUAGGAGAUUUUGAAACUUGGCAAGAAAAUACUAAUGCCUGGGAAGCGGAGGGAGAUGCUACCUGGGAGGCAGAAGAAGUGCUGAGGCAGGGGAAGCUUGCUGAGAGAGAGAAGAAGUCAGCUGAACAGCAAAGGAAAAAGGUAGAAAAGGAUGCACAACGAUUACAGAGAAAGGAACAGAACAAAAUUGCUGUAAAACUUUCAUAACUGCAAAUGAAAAGUGGACUCAUCACUAUCAGGACAAGUGCAGUAUCUGUUGCCUCUUGUGGUAACUAUGACCAGUAUACAGGAGAAUAAUUUUUGUAAGUAAUUGCUACUGCUGUGCAUUGAUCUGUGCACUAUCAGUUUAGCCUGUCACCACCUGAUGCUUGGAAAUCUUCCUGGAUUACUGGAAAUCAUUGGGAUAGAUCGAGGAUUUUUCCAUGUAUAUACACGUUAUCAGCUGUCCAAUCAGUGCAUUGUUGGGAUGCAGUAUUCGACUGCAUCAACCUCUGAAAUCCGGGUAGAUUAUUUACUGUAGCCCUUCAGGUUGAAUAUAGGAAUAUUUGUAAUUGUAUGGCAUAAUUUAUGUGUGUAAAAUAUCUUUCAUUUGAAAUUAUAUUUAAGCAUAAAAUGUGUUGGUCCUUUCCUUUGCCUGUUUGGAUUUACUUGUCAUCAAUCAGUUAUGCUAUUGCUGGAUACUGAGAUAUUACCAAUGAAGUCAAGAAAUUGUCAAUACAUCAGAUUGUGUUGUAUAUAUUUUUAAAAUAGAUUUCGGAGACAGAUGGGUGUGGGAGAAAAAACUACAUUUUUAUGUAUCUUGAUAAAAUAUCUUCAAGGUUGAUCACUAGUAACUAAAUAAAACCAUUACUGAAGCUCA